GCUCGAUAUUCAAGCAUUCCACACGACGUUUUGCAUCUUGUGGGAUGAUUUAAAAUCAUAUCAUUCAGAAAAUCGACAUUUUGUAACUAAAUACAGCUUCUAAUCAUUCAGUUCAAAAUCAAUGUUUUGCCUUUCAUGGCAGUGAUGCUGGCUAUACAGAGACGUCGUCCUUGACAGCAGCUGGUAUAAACAAAUAACAAAAAAAAACAGCUGAUCGUAUGUCUCGUAUAUACGUCUCAUGGAAUGCCUGACGAUUAAAAUAAAUUCCUGGUGUACCUAAUAUAUAAGAUAAGCACCAAAUUUUAUCGACUAUCAACCGUUCGCUUUGCUUUGAAGGUCAGGUAGAAGUAUGAGGUAGUGCAAUCACAUUAUUUCUUGAACAGAACUCAAUAAUUGAGUUGCUUCGCAUUGAUAACGUCGUUCUAAUAGUUAGUACACAUAAUGUCACGUAGUAAAAAAUUUGGCGACCUGGUCGGAUCCAUUGAUGAAGGUACCAGCUCGGCACGAUUUAUUCUGUUCCGAGCGGAGACCACCGAAAUCGUGUGUUUCCAUCAGAAAGAACUUCGUCAAUUUUAUCCUCAAGAAGGAUGGGUUGAGCAAGAUCCCAAGGAAAUUCUAGCGGUUGUUGAGGAAUGCAUUGAAAAAACUAUUGAAAAGUUGCACCAGCUAGGUGGAAGCGUCGUAGACAUUGUGGCUGUCGGGGUAACCAAUCAACGGGAAACAACUAUCGUUUGGGACAAGAAUACGGGCGAACCUCUGUAUAAUGCUAUUGUAUGGCUGGAUAUGCGAACUUCUUCCACAGUGGACCAACUGUUGGAGACGGUGCCCAAUAAAACACGGAACAAAAAUUACUUGAAACCACUCUGCGGUCUUCCAUUAUCGCCAUAUUUUUCUGCUGUAAAACUACGGUGGUUGAUUGAUAAUGCACCAAAGGUGAAAACGGCUAUCAAAAACAAAAACUGCCUUUUUGGUACAGUAGAUACAUGGCUAAUAUGGAACCUUACUGGUGGUCCUGAUGGAGGAGCUCACGUGACCGAUGUGAGCAACGCAUCGCGUACCAUGCUCAUGAACAUAGAAACUCUUCGGUAUGAUAAAACACUGGGCAAGUUCUUUGACGUCCCGUUCGAUAUAUUACCAGAUAUACGAUCCAGCUCUGAAGUAUACGGUUUGAUACGCUUGAAAGCACUAGAAAAUAUUCCACUAAGUGGUUGUCUUGGUGAUCAACAAGCCGCCUUGGUAGGCCAGGAAUGUUUGAGUAGAGGUAAAGCAAAGGCAACUUACGGUACAGGGUGUUUUUUGCUAUAUAACACAGGAAAUGCUCUGAUCGAAUCGACACACGGACUAAUCACAACCGUGGCCUACCAAAUGGGACCAGAUGAGCCCCCAAUCUAUGCCUUGGAAGGAUCGGUAGCUGUUGCAGGAGCUGCCCUAGGGUGGCUACGUGACAACAUGGAUCUUCUCAAAAGUGCCAAAGAAUCGGAAGAAUUGGCCUUGUCCGUUGAAAAUAACGGUGAUGUAUAUUUUGUUCCCGCUUUUAGUGGACUGUAUGCACCAUACUGGAAUCAGGAAGCUCGAGGGGUAAUUUGUGGUAUAAAUGAAGACACACAGCGAGGACACAUCGUAAGGGCAAGUCUUGAAGCGGUGUGCUUUCAGGUACGCGAUAUCCUAGAUGCUAUGAACAAGGACUGUGGAUUCCCUCUGGUGAAGCUUAAAGUCGAUGGUGGAAUGACAGUAAACUCGCUCUUGAUGCAGUGGCAAGCGGAUUUGAUUGGGCUGGAAGUACAACGACCGAUAGUUGUGGAGACAACGGCUCUGGGUGCCGCAAUGGCUGCUGGACGCGCUGUCGGGUGCUGGGACAUCGAUAACGUUUCUGUGGAAAGUAAUUGCACUUCGUUUAAACCCCAGAUAACGGAAGACGAACGCGACAUGAGAUAUAGCAUGUGGAAAAUGGCGGUAGAACGUUCGUUUGGCUGGGAAGGAAACACAAUGGUAUGAGGCUUACAUGGCUUUGGAUUUCUAUGAUAAGAGGAACAUUUUUUUCAAUAACACAUUUUAUUGACUUUUUGCGCUUUGCGGGAAGUAGUAAGAUUACAAAAGUUAAAAAAAUACAUCGAGGACAAAUGAGGAGGAUUUUUGUUGUAUUCGCAAUUCUUUAUCACAACAUUGAAAAGUAGUUUAAUCUAUAUAUUGUAAAAUCAUGUUAAAUAUGAUAAACGAAAACUCCAAAUGUAAAUUCACAUGAACAAAAUCUCAAACGCUUUUCUUUUAAUUUGAGGAUUCAUUUGCUAUUGAUUUUCUGCUUCAAUAUUUUUCGAAACGCUACGACUUUGAAUUGUAGAAAUAGCCAACAAAAAUUCAAUUACGAAGGACUAUGCUCUUUUCUAAUGCGCUAUAUUGCGUCCAUUUCUCACAGUCCGUCACCUAGUGACGAGAACAAAAUUUUCUUCUAGUCACUAGGUGAAGUGACUGUGAGAAUAGGAUCCAUUGUAUCGAUUUUUCUAGAUUAUUUUCGGCAAAUUUGAGGUUCACUUUGCCUUUUGUCUUCUUAGUUUGAGUUUGCUGUUACAAUUUUAUAAUUGAUUCGUUUGCGCUCUAGAAUAGCUAGUCGUUUUUUUUCAAAACUUUUAAUU